UGAUAAAAAUCGAAACAGAGCAUGGCGCUCGUGGGUGGAGAAGGGUAUCCCAUGUUUGUAGAUAUGCCAUCUCAUCGACGCGAGUGGAGAUGAGGGCCAGUAGCACGGAUCACCUAUAGGAUAACAAUCGCAGCAACCUUCUCAAAUACUUUCGUACUGAAUACUGCUUGGGAGACAGUGAUUAAGUACUGAGGCCCAAGUUCAUGAAUGCGGCUCCUUGUGCCAUGCCUUCUGGCAGUGUUAAGCAGACGCGUUUCAAAGAGCAGAGCUCGUUCUUCAAGUUUCUCGCUAGGUCAAUUAUCAUCACGUGCGAUAUGGGAGCAUUUUAACGCAGUUUCCCUGCGCAGAGUGGGUCCUUCUCUUUCUCAUCCAAAAAAAGGUGCAAACUCAAUUCGGCGCUGUGCGGUGUUGCGGGACAUUGAAA